AUGAUUUGGGCAUUAUUGGCACUCUCCCAGUGUUUUUAUGUUCCAUACUCCGAAACAGGAGUACUGAUCUACGAUUCAUACACAGACAGACAGUUCGGAUCUGUUUUGAAGCGCCACCAGUUAGUUGUUUCCUUAUUUGUCAAUUUCUCCGCCCCAGGUGUUGAAGCUUACCUCGAAAUUUUCUCAAAGUUACCAACCAUUUUCUCCGAAGAUGUCAAGUUCUGCGUUCUUUCCUCCAAACAUGCAAAGAGAUUGACGAUGCAAUUCACAACUUACUUACCACAGAUCUCCUUCUUCAACCAUGGCGAGAUUGCAUAUUCUAUCCCAUUCCCAUCUACAGAGGCCGAGCUUUUGUCUGCCGUUGAUGUCUUCCUUCGACCAACUUUACCAACUUUCAAUGAUGAGAAGGAAGUUUACGCAUCUUUCGGCGAAACACAGUUCACUGUCAUCAGCCCACCAGCUCUCGUCCAAAAGGCUCGCGAUUACGUCAUUUCCAUCGCAGAUAAUGCCGGAUCUUUCAACCUCAUCGCCGCUUCCGUUGAUACAUUCAAGAAGAUGAACUUCUCAGGUGAAUACGUCUGCAUCUACCGCAAGGAAGACAAGAUGAUCAAAGAAGUCAAGAAUUUCAGAGAAUUCAUGAAACAAAUCAGACCAACCUACUAUCCAAAGUUCGAUAUGGACCUCUUACUCUCUGUAGAAGGCCCAGUUGGUCUCCUUUGCGUUAAAGAUUCCCCAACAAAGGAACAAAAAGAGAGAAUGGCCGAACUUGGCUCGAAAUUCCAAAAUCUCACCUUCGCAAUCAUUUCUGAUGCCGACUUAGAUGAUAUCCAUAUCAUGACAAACGGAAAGACCCGCCAGUUCCCAUGUUUCGUCAUAUUAAGUUGGGAAUAUUACGUUUACUACCCAGUCAGACCAUUUGACAACGAAGUCGAGAACUACAUCAUGGACAUUUCCAACGGCAAGAUCGAUUACGUGUUCCCAUCUGAGGAAAUCCCAGCAACACAAGAAGAUCCAUACGCAAUCAAAGUUGUUGGCAAGAAUUACGAAGAAUUCGUUACAGAUAAAGAAAACGACGUCGUCAUGUUCUACAUUGGAUCCGACAAGGACGGCUUAAGAGCUGCCCACAAGAUCGGAAAGUACAUUAAGAAGAAUAAUGUUACAGGAGUCAAGGUCGGAUACAUCAUUACAUCAUUGAACUCAUGCAACAAGUCAUUCCCAAGAUUGGUUUUCGAACCACAAGUCAAUAUCUUCGCAAAAGGAAAGAAAUCAAGUCACAUGCUCUACUCAGCACCAACAGUUUUCAGUAUCCUUGAAGGACUGAAGAUGUACGCAAACCCAGAUAUCAACCUCAACAUCUCUACAUUCAGAUUCUCAAUGGAACUCGAGUACAUGGUAGAUCUCUUACAAGAUUUCGAAGAACUCAGAGCUUCUGACAGAAAGGGAGCUCUAGCUUACAUCUACGAGAGAGGUCAGAUGCUCGGAUUCGGAAACAACCUCGAAACAAUAGUUAACUCAAUCUACAACGCUGCAGGUGGUUUAGUCGCUGGUUACGACGACAAGAAGUUGGUCGCUGAGUUUGAGAAUGAUGCUGACGAUUUCGUAGAGCCAGAGGUUGAAGAGGAACUCACAAGACAAUCAUACACAAAGUCCUCCCACAGAGGAAGUGGACGUAGAUCUCACCACCACAGACGCUACUAA